AUGAGUCAGUUGGAAGUUUCGUGCAAAAACUUCGAGUUGAUAAAAUUUAACUUUCCGGGAGAAGCUGUAUCGGGCGACGCGUACGUGAAAAUCAGCCAGAUACUCAUGAACAAACUCCAGCCGGCAGCUUAUGUUUUCGCUCGUCAGCCUGACACUUCUGGAUGGGCAGCCUACGACCCACAAGCCGAGUUCACUCGACUGGGGUUUAAAGCACCAAAAAGUGGCACUCAGAUUGGUGGAUUUCGCAUCGCACACGUGAACAAUAACUACAAAAUGUCUCCCUCCUAUCCCAGCGCAUUUGUGGUACCUGCGUCGGUAUCUGAUGGCGAGUUGCGGAAGAUUAGUUUCUUCCGUGCUCGUGGACGGGUGCCAGCCGUGACUUAUCGGCACAAGAAUGAUGCGGUGGUAGCGAGGUGUGCACAGCCACUUGUUGGGCUGCGGAGGAAAAGAUGCACGUCGGAUGAAGCGUACAUGGUCGCACUUCGCCGAGAAUGUAAAGGGAAACUACUUUUCAUCGACUGCAGAAGCCAAACCAGCGCGUAUGGCAAUAUUGCACUGGGCGGAGGGUUUGAAGUGUUGGACUAUUACAAGGAUACCAAUAUCAUGUUCAUGGGUAUUGAGAAUAUCCACUCUAUGCGAGAUUCUAUCCGCAAACUUUUCGAUCUCAUUAAGAACGAAAUUCGCGGCAAUGAACGACCAAACUGGCUUUCAUGUCUAGAGAGUACGCGAUGGCUAGAGCAUGUGCGCUCGAUCUUAGUGUCAUGCUCCGUCUGUGUGACUAAGCUCGUCGAAGGUACCAGCUUAGUGAUCCAUUGUUCGGAUGGUUGGGACCGUACCGCUCAGAUCGCGGCACUGGUGAAGCUGUGCGCAGAUCCGUUUUACCGUACGAUAAAGGGGUUUCAAGUAUUGGUUGAGCAAGAGUGGUGUGCCUUUGGACAUCAAUUCCGUGCACGAUCGGGCCACACUGACACUCAAGCUGCUUACUGGGAAGACGACAGCACGUCACCUGUUUUCAUUCAAUUCGUGGACGCCGUGUGGCAACUAAUGCGCCAGUUCCCUUGCUCAUUCGAGUUCAGCGAACGCUACCUCAUCGCUUUACUUGAUGAAGUCUAUAGCAAGCGUAGUGGAACGUUCCUCCAUGAUUGCGAAGAAGCUCGAAUGGGGUCCAAGACUGUUAUUCGAUGCACCAGCGCGUGGACGUUGCUGGAGGCGCAUCCUCAAGCUGUUGACUUCCGAAAUCCGUUUUUCAUGGUUCCUCUUAGUGGCGAAGGAUCGAAGGAAAAAUCUCCGACUGUGCUGCAGUGCAAGUGGCAUACAAGUUCAUUGGCAAUCUGGUCGUCGUUUUAUCUGCGCUCGCUGGAAUCGAAUGACUCACGGGACGCGUGGGCCAAGGAGCUGCAAGUCACGCAGCGUGAACUGCAGGAUCAGCUGAGUACCGCACACCAGCAGUUGCAGUCUCAAGUGGAGCAGAACUCGGAUCUUCAGAGCGAGUUGGAGCAGCUUCGACGAGAGCGCGCACAGUUGACUCGGUUGCUAGAGGGUGAGGUGUACAGUGAUACUCUGAAUGGCUUGCUGGUGCACGAAGAGGACGAGGACGAAGAUGGCGUGUUGUUGAGUGUGACGCCUGUGGGUGAGAGUCGCACCACGCUAGAAACCUCCUGUAGUGAUACUGGCUCUACAACGCCAGGAGCCAACGAGGUCAAGGUGUACUCGACCACCGGUGUGGGGUGCUUCCUCGGCGGCUCGAUGAGUCAGGACUUUGAGAUUUUGCAGUCAUAUUUCGACCCAACACGACGCGAAACUCGAUCUAUGGACCCGACGUCGAGCAGUAACGGGUGCAAUGACUUGUUCACGAGGAGAAUCACGGUGGAGGAAGUGGUGCGGUGAAAGUGUAUCGGUUGAUUAGGCUUGUAAAAGAAAAAGAUUAUUUUUUUUCGGUG